AUGGGGCCACCACAGCAGCAGCAAGGCUACGGCCACCCAGGACAAUCACCAUACACGAGUAACCAACACCCAGGCUAUGUCAGCUCGACAGAAACCUCCUCUUUCAGUUACCCGAGCUCCCCACACCCAAACCCGCACUUUCCACACUCACUUGCAUUGGCACCGGCCAUGCAGAAUCCCGGACUUGUUAGCCCGCAAUCACAACCUGCGCAAUACUCUCACGCAAUGGGGCCACAAGCACAGUCGGGCUAUCAUACGGCGGUUGUGCCUGCCCACAGCUCUGGAAACUCUGUACCGCCUGCUUCUAUGCAGUAUCCACAGUCUCUACCCUACCCCACAACGCCUCAGGUUCUCCAAUACAACCCACAAGCUCAACCUUUUGGCCCACCAAGAGGUAACCCACAAUACCAACCAGUCACACAACAGGUUCCACAACAAUUUGCGUACCCACACGUCCCGAAUCCACCCAUGGCAUCGCUUGCCUACCCUCCUUCCCACCACAUACCAAUCUCGACAGUGGCAUCGCCCGCUCAUCCCACAUACACGCAAGCGCUAUAUGUUCAUCCUGGACACCUAAAAGCACCACCCCAUGGUAUACCGCAGUACGGCCAGCCUUCACACCAGGAGGUGCUGCCUACCCAUCUUCUCCCACAGCAGGCGCUGGCACGGGCCAUGGCACCGUCUGUCUAUCCUCAAAACUUGCAGGUGCAGAGUCAUAACCCGGCACAACCGCCCCAUCCUACUUAUCACCAGGUUUCACCACUGGGAAUAGCGCCAUCUGCACAUGUUCCAAACCAACCAAUGCAGGCUCAACCCGCGAUGACAUAUGGUCAGGACCUCACACAGCAACAGCCUACUGGGCAUCGUGGUCACGAUGGGAUGCUUCCGCAGCAAGGGACGCACUCGAAUCAACCAGCCCCUCAAGGUGUCACCCAUGAGGCAGCACCGCCAGAGCAAGGUUCGAGGCAGGGCUCAACUCCCAACCCUCCGUCCAUGGCUUCGACUUCGAAUAUAUCCAAGAACUCGAGACCUCGCACAUCCCGUCACGUGGCCGAGUCUGGUAUCGAGAUGCUAACGAGACUCACAUUGGAGAACAUUCGGCGGAAGGAUGCUGAAAAUAAAAUCGCAGAUUUCGAAGAAUGA